AUGUUACCAACGAGCGCUGAGAAUUGUGACGAGUGUAUUCCCGACCAUCCAAGACACUCCAGCCAUUUUGGACCUAAGGCCGCCUUCUCGACUCUCCCUUUCAUCGCAACUUUCGCCUGUCUAACUUUUAUUGCCUACCGCAAGGUAUAUCCUCUAUUGGCCUCUUCUCCACCCAAGGCGCAAGAUGUCAAAGGCCUGCCUCGACCAGCGACCUCUCCUCCGGAACCUGCUGCACAGCAGCUCGCUCGACGCAUCGCGGCCGUAACGUUCUCUUCCACGAUAGCCCUGUCUGCUGUUCUGACAGAACUGCUUCUCUGCGAGAUUUCCAAUUCUUUCAAUCCGACGGCGAGAAGUGUCGCCUUGCAAAUCACCGUGGUGAGCCUUUUGGGCUUGCUUGUGGUGGCUAUUCCGUUAUUGGGAAUAUCAUCAGUGGUUUCUAAAUCGGGAUAUAAGUUCCGCGGCGAGAAAAAGAGCCGGGUUCGAUUAGCAUGGACAUUGGAGUUUGCUGGAUAUGCUGGCUUUCUCUUUGGUUUCUGGGCAAUUGGCGCACUAUUGCCCGAAGGCCCGAGCAUCACGGAGAGUAUUAACCGCCAGGAAGGUCUUUUUCAGGCAUGCUUGGACAGAUUGGGUAUCACUGGCGUUUCGCUGAUGGCUCUCUUAUCUGGAUUUGCCUCCGUCAGUGCGAUAUGGCAAUGUUUUGGCCCAAAGGGAAAGUCUGUUGCUGAGACGGAUAUCAAUCGAAAGCAGGCCGGACUGGAUGCAACAAUGGACAUGAUAGCAGAGAAGAAGGAAAGACUCCGAAUGCUGGAAAGAAACACCUCUGGAAAUACCGGCCUCGGAUUUUGGGGACGGUCGGCCAGCUUGUUACGUGGGAAUGCAGAUACCCAGGAGAAAACGACACUGGAGAUGGAGACAUCGGGCCUCGAGACAAUGGCCUCGUCACUCGAAACCUCGCUCACGAUACUCCGAGCACGACGAGCGAAUCAACUCCGAGCAACCACGUCAAUGGGCCGACUGUCUUUGGCAUUCUCAUACGUCUUUGCCGUCUACUGCGUGUACCGGAUCUGCACCACGACGGUCAACAUUGGUCGGCGCUUACUCUCGAGUGCGCCCACUACAUCGUCUGAUACAGAUCCUGUCACUUACACCAUUGCUGUAUUCGCGCGCAACGUGUAUCCUUCUCUUGACCAGGCGUCGUGGGCCCAGCAGAUAUCUUUCUUACUCUCCGGGGCAAUGCUUCUAGCGUCAUUUACCGCCGUCACACAAACAUUUCACCUCUUUGCUCGAUUCAUGCCUACCGUUCUGCACGCCACAAGAACCAAUUUUGCGCUUUUGAUCAGUCAGAUAAGUGGGAUGUAUGUCAUUAGCUCUGCCUUAAUGCUGAGAGGGAUGAUGCCAAAAGAAGUUGGCAGUGUCAUUAAUUCGGCACUAGGUGCUGGCCUGCUAGAGCCUGCUUGGGUGCAAAGGUGGUUCGAUGGAUUUUUCAUGCUUGCGGUGGCCGCCACCACAGUGGGCAUCUUUCUGGGGCGGCAGAUCUCCGGAGGAGCCUCCUGGGAGGAUGAUACUGGAUGGGAUGGCGCCAUGGAAUUGGGCAAAGAGUCGUAG